GCAGAGGCGGGCACUUUGGAAGCGGCAGCGGGCCGUGCGGAGGGCGCUUCAGUCGGCGGCUCCUCUCUCGGCAGCCUCGCCGCUCUCCCCGCCCGUCGGCUCGGACGCCCUGCGCGGACCAGGCGGCUCUUGUCCUCCCUGGGAAGGAAGGGAGAGGAGAGACGGCUGAACGGAGGGGAAGGAACCAGCAGCGCGAGGGAGUGUUGAUCAGAAUGAAUGGCCAUAUUUCAAACACCCACCCAAGUGCAUAUGGAAGUUACUCUUCUCAAGUAAAUGGAUAUGGAUCACCAACAUUUUCUCAGAGCGAGAGGGACCAGGCGUCGAAGACGAGUGCAAAAGCUUUGUACGAGCAAAGGAAGAAUUAUGCCCGCGAUAGUGCCAGCAGCAUAUCUGAAACAUCGCAGUACCACGUGGAGCACUUGACCACUUUUGUCUUGGAUCGGAAAGAGGCCAUGAUCACGGUGGAUGACGGCAUAAGGAAACUGAAGCUGCUGGAUGCCAAAGGCAAAGUAUGGACACAAGAUAUGAUUCUACAAGUGGAUGACAAAGCUGUCAGCCUAGUGGACUUGGAAUCAAAGAAUGAGCUGGAGAAUUUCCCCCUGAGCACAAUCCAACACUGCCAUGCUGUGAUGAGCUCCUGCAGCUACGACUCCAUCCUUGCCUUAGUUUGCAAAGAGCCAGCCCAAAGCAAAGCAGAUCUCCACCUUUUCCAGUGCGAUGAAGUUAAGGCAAACUUGAUCCACGAAGACAUUGAAAGUGCAAUCAGCGACAGCAAAGGGGGGAAGCCAAAGAGGAGACUCGAAACACUCAGGAUGCUUUCUAAAGUUGACGGUGCCAUUCCUCCGCCUCCGAGAGCACCAGCUCCCGUCCCUCCAGGUACUGUCACUCAGGUGGACGUCAGAAGCCGGGUAGCAGCCUGGUCCGCUUGGGCAGCUGAACAAGGAGACUUUGAGAAAUCUAGACAGUACCAUGAACAUGAAGAAACGUCAGAAAUGAUGGCAGCCAAGAUCGACAGAGAUGUUCAAAUUCUAAACCAUAUUUUGGACGACAUUGAAUAUUUCGUUACCAAGCUUCAGAAAGCGGCAGAAGCAUUUGCGGAGCUUUCGAAGAGGAAGAAAACCAAGAAGAAUAAGAAGAAAGGGCCUGGGGAGGGUGUCUUAACUCUCCGCUCCAAACCUCCGCCUCAAGACGAAUUUGUCGACUGUUUGCAAAAAUUUAAACACGGCUUCAACCUUCUGGCGAAAUUAAAGUCGCACAUCCAGAAUCCCAGCGCAUCUGAAUUGAUUCAUUUUCUGUUUACCCCUUUAAAUAUGGUGGUGCAGGCAACGGGAGGGCCUCAUCUCGCUAGCACAGUCCUCAGCCCCCUCUUAACAAAAGACACAAUAGACUUCCUGCGUUACACCGUCACGAGUGACGAAGGACAGCUAUGGGUGUCUCUAGGUGACACGUGGACCAAAGCCAGAGCAGAGUGGCCCAAGGAGCAGUUCAUCCCACCCUAUGUGCCGCGGUUCCGGAAUGGAUGGGAGCCCCCUCUUCUGAGCUUCAUGGGAUCCCCAAAGGAACAAGAGCUCAACCAGCUAGCCGAGUCGGUGGCAAACGUAGCUGAGCACCAGCGGAAGCAAGAGUUGAAAAGGUUAUCAACCGAGCAUUCCAGUAUCUCAGAUUAUCCUCCGUCUGAAGGGUACGCAUUCAGUAACACAGCUUACAAGCGAGGGCCCUUGCCGGACCAGGGGGCAGCUGUAGCCGCUUUUAAGCAAACUGUUAGCCGACAUGUAGAUAGAAAUUAUGAGGCGCAUAAAACCCCAACCAAGAAGUAUGCCAAAACCAAGUACGACUUCGUGGGAAGAAACCAGAGUGAACUUUCUGUCUUGAAGGAUGACAUUUUAGAGGUUCUUGAUGACAGGAAGCAGUGGUGGAAAGUCCAAAACGCCAACGGGGUCACAGGAUUCGUGCCAAACAACAUCUUGGAGCCUCUUCGAUCUCAGGAAAGCGGCAGUGCGGAGCCAUCGUAUACGCACACCAUACAGAAGCAAAGGACAGACUUUGUUCCGAAGCAACCUGACCCCGCUCCUGUCGUCCCUUCACCGCCCCAGACGCCACUUCCUGUCCCUCUCCCACCAAGCAUGCCAGCGCCCAUCCCAGUUCCUGUGCCAAAGGUGCCUGGAGCCAUCAGCCGCCAAAGCAGCACCUCAAGCGAAGGCGGGCGAGACGGCCAGAGGCAGAAACCGCCCCCUAUAGAUCGACGGAAAUCUCAGAUGGAGGAAGUCCAGGAUGAGCUCAUCCACCGGCUCACCAUUGGCCGAAGCGCCGCCCAAAAGAAGUUCCAUGUGCCACGAUCCAAUGCCCCAGCCAUCAACAUCAGCUACGACUCCUCUCCCGAAGACGUGAAAAGCUGGUUACAGGCGAAAGGCUUCAACCCAGUAACUGUCAACAGCCUUGGGGUUUUGACUGGCGCUCAGCUGUUCUCCCUCAACAAAGACGAGCUAAGGACUGUGUGCCCCGAAGGAGCUCGAGUCUACAGCCAAAUUACUGUUCAGAAAGCUGCACUGGAGGCUACCAGUGGAAGUACAGAAUUACAAGAGAUUAUGAGAAGACGGCAAGAGAAACUCAGUGCUGCCGCCACGGACUCGGGAGUAGAGUCUUUCGACGAGAGCAGCAGCCACUAAAUGCAUUCUCUGUCCAUUUUUGUUUGUACUUGCUCAAAAAAGGAGGAAGAGCUCCCAUUAUUCUGGGCAUUGUUCCAUCAUGCUUUGUUUUAGGAAGCCAUGAAGAGGAAAUGUCUGGUUGAUGACGACUAUUUAUGUAGACACAACUUGAUGCCAUAAACCGGCCUUCGUCAACCUGGUGUUCUCCAGAUGUUUUGGACGACAACUCAACUGGGGCUGAUGGGAGUUGUCGUCCAAAACAUCUGGAUGGCACCAGGUUGAUGAAGACUACCAUGAAGAAAGCAUGCAGCUGGGAGGUCAGUGGGGCAACUGGUGCUCCCCUUCUCCCUUACUCAAAAAGCACAUUUAAUGGGAAAUGAACCAGCGCUCCCAAGGCUGGCUAGGUGAAGCCAAUCAUUUCAUGCUUUUCUGAUCUUCCCCCUUCCUCUUAUUCAAAGCAGGCAAGCAAAAUCACACCGCUAUUUGCAGGGCAAAGACGGCCACUGAGCCACCUGAUUAAAACAGGCAAGGAAAAUCUGUGGGACUGUUGUUGUAGGAGUUCAGCUAUCAGCUCUGGCCAGUCUGUACAAUGGUCAGAGAUGAUGGCAGCAAUAGGCCAGCAGUGUCCAGAAGGCCACCAGCUCCCAAUCUCUGCA